GAGGGAGAGAGGCAGAACAAGAUAUGCAUGUAGAAUAACACACACCAUGCAUGUAGCAACUCACACUCAAACAAUGUACUUCCAGUUCCACCUAUUUAGACACUUAAAGGAAACCCCUAAUAUCUCUAAGCAAAGAAGAAAUCAUGGCUUCUCUUCACUCUCAUCCUCCUCUUACCAUCCCCACUCUGAUUCUACUCCCUUUCAUUUCCCUUCUAACCCCCAUCCUUUCCCAAGACCCCAGCUCCUCGAGCCCAAACGUAGCCGAAUGUGCGUCGCGCCUGCUUCCAUUAGCCCCUUGUGCACCAUUUGUGCAGGGUGCAGCCCAAUCACCAGCACAGCUGUGUUGUGACAACCUCGAGCAACUCUACAGCAAAGAACCUCACUGCCUUUGCCUCUUGCUCAAUGACACUACCUUGAGCUCUUUCCCUAUCAACACCACUCUUGCUCUGCAGCUGCCUGAUCUUUGCAACCUUCAAGCUGACAUCUCUACUUGUCCAGGAAAAAAUCCACCACCCAGUCCACACGAUUCUCCAGUUUCUUUUGGGACAAACACCAACUCUACUCUCGGGACAAACUCCAACUCGACUGUUGCUGCUUCUCCAAUGGUUGAAGUGCAGCCGAGACCUAACACAAUGGGAUUGGGCUUUGGUGGAAGCACCAGCAUCAAAUUGAAGGGAGAAGGUGAUUUUGCUCUGGUGGCAGCCAUGACAGCUUUUCUGUGGGCGACAUUUCUGUAAUUGAAUGUCUGACUGUGUUAGUGAUUUAAUCUUGGAUUUAGGAUAUGAUGUUCACUGGAAUGAUUUGUAUUUGAAUGCUACCAUACCAUCCUCUUAUUUAGAUGGAAGCUGAUUUUUGCAGACAAGAGAAAAGACAUCCAUUAAAGUGCCAAUUAACAAGAUCAGCUUCUAGAGAACCCCUUGCCUAUGACUUAACUUUCCCGUUUAAAAUAAAUAGUAUUUCAAGCAGAGAAUUUGACAAUUAGAGGAAUUUACCUGAAACCAAAGUGCAGAAACUUGGUACCUGAAUGCUUCUCAAAUUUCA